CAGGGCAGCAAAGCACACUACAGAUAUCACUGGCAGAGCCACAAUGUCAAGCACAGUGGAGUGGACGAUAUGGUCCUUCUUUCCAAAAUCACAGAGGAUUCCAUAGUGGAGAACCUAAAGAAGCGAUACAUGGACGAUUAUAUUUUUACGUAUAUUGGCUCUGUACUAAUCUCUGUGAAUCCCUUCAAACAAAUGCCAUAUUUUGGGGAAAAGGAAAUUGAAAUGUACCAAGGAGCGGCACAGUAUGAAAACCCACCACAUAUUUAUGCUCUUGCAGACAGCAUGUACAGAAAUAUGAUUAUUGACAGAGAAAAUCAGUGUGUCAUUAUUAGUGGGGAGAGUGGUGCUGGAAAGACUGUAGCUGCUAAAUAUAUCAUGAGUUAUAUCUCCAAAAUUUCAGGAGGUGGCCCUAAAGUACAGCAUGUUAAAGAUAUUAUUCUACAAUCCAACCCUUUACUGGAGGCCUUUGGAAAUGCAAAAACUGUACGGAACAACAACUCCAGCAGAUUUGGGAAAUACUUUGAAAUCCAGUUCAGCCCAGGUGGAGAACCAGAUGGAGGGAAAAUCUCCAACUUCCUACUGGAAAAAUCACGAGUUGUAAUGAGGAAUCCUGGAGAGAGGAGUUUUCACAUAUUUUACCAGCUAAUUGAAGGAGCCUCCUCAGAACAAAGAAGUAGUCUGGGCAUUACCAGUAUGGACUACUAUUACUAUCUGAGUCUCUCGGGGUCCUACAAAGUUGAUGACAUCAAUGACAGAUCUGAUUUCCAGGAAACACUGCAUGCGAUGAGUGUGAUUGGGAUCUUUGCAGAGGAACAGGCAUUGGUGCUACAGAUAGUGGCAGGAAUACUGCAUUUGGGAAACAUCAGCUUCAGAGAAGUUGGCAACUAUGCAGGAGUGGAGAGUGAGGAGUUUUUGGCUUUCCCUGCUUUUCUUCUGGGAAUUAACCAGGACCGCCUAAAGGAAAAACUGACCAGCAGACAGAUGGACAGCAAGUGGGGAGGCAAAUCUGAGUCCAUUAAUGUAACACUAAAUGUGGAACAAGCCUGCUACACCAGGGAUGCACUGGCCAAGGCCCUUCAUUCCCGUGUUUUUGAUUACUUGGUGGACUCUAUUAAUAAGGCUAUGGAGAAGGACCAUGAGGAAUAUAACAUUGGUGUCCUUGAUAUUUAUGGCUUUGAAAUAUUCCAGAAAAAUGGUUUUGAACAGUUCUGCAUCAACUUUGUUAAUGAGAAACUACAGCAGAUAUUUAUUGAGCUGACACUGAAAGCAGAACAGGAAGAAUAUGUGCAAGAAGGAAUUAGAUGGACACCAAUAGAUUACUUUAACAACAAAAUAGUGUGUGACCUUAUAGAGAACAAAGUGAAUCCACCAGGCAUUAUGAGCAUUUUAGAUGAUGUGUGUGCCACAAUGCAUGCAGUGGGAGAAGGAGCUGAUCAAACACUGCUUCAAAAACUCCAGAUGCAGAUUGGGACCCAUGAACAUUUCAACAGCUGGAACCAGGGAUUUAUCAUUCAUCAUUAUGCUGGAAAGGUAUCUUAUGAUAUGGAUGGAUUCUGCGAGAGAAAUCGGGAUGUUCUUUUCAUGGACUUGAUUGAACUCAUGCAGAGCAGUGAUUUGCCUUUUAUAAAGGCUCUGUUUCCUGAAAAUCUUCAAGUGGACAAGAAGGGCCGUCCUACUACUGCGGGCAGUAAAAUCAAAAAACAAGCAAAUGACCUCGUUGGCACCCUGAUGAAGUGUACGCCCCAUUACAUCCGCUGCAUCAAGCCAAAUGAAACAAAGAAGUCUCGCGACUGGGAGGAGAGCAGGGUAAAACAUCAAGUGGAAUACUUGGGUCUAAAAGAAAAUAUUCGAGUAAGAAGAGCUGGCUAUGCCUACAGGCGGGUUUUCAAGAAGUUUUUGCAAAGGUACGCCAUUCUGACCAAAGCAACCUGGCCUUCCUGGAAAGGAGAAGAAAAACAAGGAGUUCUCCACCUGCUUCAGUCAGUCAACAUGGAUCCUGACCAAUACCAGCUUGGGAAAUCCAAAGUCUUCAUCAAAGCUCCUGAAUCUUUAUUUUUGUUAGAAGAGAUGAGAGAGAGGAAGUAUGAUGGGUAUGCCAGGGCCAUCCAGAAGGCAUGGAGGAAGUAUGUGGCCAGGAAAAAAUACGUACAGAUGAGAGAAGAAGCAUCAGAUCUGUUGCUGAACAAGAAAGAGAGAAGACGGAACAGCAUUAACAGGAAUUUUGUGGGAGAUUACAUAGGCAUGGAGGACCAUCCAGAGCUGCGCCAGUUUGUGGGCAAACGGGAGAAGAUUGAUUUUGCAGACACUGUAACUAAAUAUGAUAGGCGGUUUAAGACGGUGAAGCGAGAUCUUGUCCUCACUCCAAAGUGCAUAUACCUGAUUGGACGUGAAAAGAUAAAGCAGGGUCCAGAGAAGGGCCAAGUGAAGGAAGUCUUAAAGCGAAGGAUGGAAGUGGAGAGAAUUCUUUCUGUUUCUCUAAGCACAAUGCAGGAUGACAUUUUCAUUCUACACGAACAGGAAUAUGAUAGUUUACUCGAAUCGGUCUUCAAAACUGAAUUUUUAAGCCUCUUAUCAAAACGAUACGAAGAGAAAACACAAAGAAAACUACCUCUGAAAUUUAGCAAUACACUUGAAGUGAAACUGAAAAAGGAGAGCUGGGGGCCGUGGAGCAGUGGUGGUUCUCGACAAGUGCAAUUUAUGCAAGGCCAAGGAGAUAUAGCCCUCCUCAAACCAAGUAAUAAAGUGCUGCAGAUCAGCAUCGGCCAAGGGCUACCAAAGAAUUCCCGUCCGACGAGACGGAACCUUACCCAAAGUAGAGGGUAUUCCAACAAGUCUCAAAGCCAGACUUACCCUAUGAGAGCAGCACCACCUCCACCUGGUCAACAGCUAAAUGGAGUACUAAAUCCCCUACAGUUUGCACCACUUCCCCAUGUCCCAGGAAAUCAACGGGGCAAUCAGAAAAACUUGUAUACAAAUAUGACACGACCAACUUUACCACGGCAACUAUCAGGAGGAUCAGGCAAGAUUUCACAGCAACCAGAAAGCUUGGAUUUCCUAAAAGUACCUGAUCAAGGAGCAGCUGG